UUUGUUUCAUAUCAUAAUUAUAACAUUGUGAUUUCACACUAAUUAAUAACAUCUUACAUUUCAUACUGAAAAUAAUGUCCAACGUGCGUCCAUGGUUCCGUCUCGCUAGCAUCGCUAGGCCCACAUCACAAGGCUCAAGCGACCCACCUCCUCCUCCUCCUCCACCUCAAACUCGACAAACCCCUAGCCGUCAGGUUGUAGUCAGACAACCGGCGAAACAACCGUCACCUCCACGUCAGCAACAACCUCCUUCGCCUCCACGUCAGCAACGACCUCCUUCGCCUCCACGUCAGCAAACUCCUCCACCUCCACCUACUCAGGAGCGGUUCCCGUAUCAUUCACCGCCAAGCCGCCACAUGUCACCACCGACCCCACCAAAAGCUAAGUCUCCGUCACCCCCACCGCCACCUCCUCGGUCGUCAUACACACCGCCACCAUCUCCCAAGGAGGUUCAAGAAGCCUUUCCACCGCGAAAACCAACUUCACCACCGAGUCCAGCUCAUUCGACUAGGUCGACAAAAUCUGAACAAGAGAGUUUUCGAAAGGUACCAUCACCGAGACCACUCUCUCCAUACUCUCUCCCACCUCCUCAGUUACAUUCCGAACGCCAAACCACUCAGAAAAACAUUCUCACAUCCGAGAAAACAAGCCAACUCCAAGAACCAAACCAUCAUAACCAGAGCCAUAACCAUCAAGGCAACAACACCAAUAAGACUCAUCAUAAGCAACCUGUGUCUGAUUCAGAAAACAUAAUGGGCACACGAGCCAUCACCAUUGCGGGGCAAAACAAAGGUGCUGUUAUGGAGAUCCUACGAUCUCCUUCAAGCAACAAAACCGGAGGAGCAGGACCACAUUCCUCUAGGGGUUUCCACGGCACUGGAGAGAAGGGACGGCGACUUCAAAGCAGUAGUAGCAGCAGCAGCAGUGAUGAAGGAGAAGGGAAGAAGAAAACUACAAAGAACCCUAAUAAUAAUGCCAAUAGUAAUAAUCUCCCGAUGAAAACAUUUAUGAACAGUAACGUUCAGAUGAUAAACAACUCUCUUGUUUACAACUCGAUGGCUACUCAUCACGAUCCCGGUGUUCAUCUUAGAAUCUCCCGUAAACCUGGCUCUGGCAAUGGUUUCGACGUGAAGGAUUACGGUAACAAUGACGGCGGAUACACCAACUGAGAAAAUAAAAUUUCAUUCUGAAAAGGAAAAUAAAACCAAAAGAAGGUUAAGGUUUUUGGGUUAUAUUUACAAUAAAUUCAAUUUGCUAAAAAAAAAUAGAGAGAGAAAAAAAAAGAAUAAGAACAAAAAUGAGUGGGGUUAGUGGUUUAUGAUUCUUCUCUAAGCUUUUUAUAACCUUCACUCAUAUUGGAGGCUUUGAUCCGUUUAUAUUGAAACGGAGUACUAUAUAACUUUGUAACGUUCUUUUGCCAAACAAUAAUCAUGAAAUCGUUUCAUCA